AUGCAGAAGAUUCCUUAUGCAUCAGUUGUUGGGAGUCUUAUGUAUGCUCAAGUGUGUACACGUCCUGACAUAUCUUUCAUUGUAGGGAUGUUAGGAAGAUAUCUAAGCAACCCAGGUAGGGACCAUUGGAAAGCAGCCAAACGGGUUUUGAGAUAUCUACAAAGAACAAAAGACUACAUGCUCACAUAUAGGAAAUUAGAUGUUUUGGAGAUCAUUGGGUAUUCUGAUUCUGAUUUUGCUGGAUGCCAAGACAGUUAUCGAUCCACAUCAGGCUACAUUUACCUAUUAGCAGGAGGAGCUAUUUCAUGGAAGAGUGCUAAACAAACUUUAGUAACUUCUUCCACCAUGGCGGCAUAA